AAAUGACGUCGUAAUAGUUCCUCUCCAACCGCAGAAGUAGGGUUUUAGUGGAUUUGUUGUGCGUUUAUAAUUUUGUCAUCGAAUAAUGUUUAAUUGCCGCGAUUUAAAUGAAAGCAGCAGCACAUUACCACGUUUCGCGUAGUUUUUUACGCCAGAAAAGUCCCCGCAGCCAUUAAAUUCAAGGAGAUAAACACUGUAAAUCUACGCUUCAAAAUUCAAUUUGGAACGUUCUAAGUCACGACUUUUGACCAGGACGUUGAAGGCACCAUGUCGUUUCCCCUCCCCAAACCUCAGACCCCUCAGCUUCCUCAACAUCUUCUCCGAACCAUCGAGUGUCAACAAGGAGCCGUCAGAGCAGUGCGCUUCAACGUGGAUGGCCAGUACGUGAUCUCCUGCGGCGGUGACAAGUCUCUGAAACUGUGGAGCGGCAGCCGAGGGACACUGCUCAAGACCUACAGCGGCCACGGAUACGAGGUGCUGGACGCCGACGGGUCAUUUGACAACAGCAACAUUUGCUCGUGCAGUUCCGACAAGACGGUGAUCCUGUGGGACGUGGCCACGGGUCAGGUGGCUCGCAAACUUCGAGGACACGCCGCGAAAGUCAACUGUGUGCAGUUCAACGAAGAGGCCACGGUCAUCCUGUCGGGCUCCUUGGAUGGGACGGUGCGCUGCUGGGACACCAGGUCCCGCAAGAAUGAGCCUAUCCAAGUUCUGGAUGAGGCCCGAGACAGCGUCAGUAGUCUGAAGGUGUCCAAAUACGAACUGCUUACCGGGUCUGUGGAUGGCCGAGUAAGACGUUAUGACCUGAGGAUGGGGGACCUCCACGUGGACUUCCUCAACAGUCCUAUCACCUGUGUAUGCUUCAGUCAGGAUGGCCAGUGCACGCUCAGCUCCAGCCUGGACUCCACAGUUAGACUACUGGAUAAGAGUACGGGAGAAAUGCUGGGAGAGUACACGGGACACAAGAUGAAGGGAUACAAGCUGGAAUGCUGUCUGUCCUGCAAAGACACUCACGUCCUAAGCUGCUCCGAGGACGGACACGUCUACUUCUGGGACCUGGUAGAGGGUUGUUUGUCAUUGAAGCUUCCUGUGGGCAAAGCGGUGGUCCAGUCUUUGUCCUUUCAUCCUACACAGCCACGACUCCUUACAGCCAGCGAGGGCCGCGUGCAAUUUUGGGCGGCCGAGCCAGAAGAUCCCGACGGGGACGACAACGCCAUUACAACGUGAUUGACAUCUUCAACACAUCUGGAUAUUUGCAUUGAUGGUCGUAAGAUAGAAUUACUGGUACUGCGAAAAUGAACCACAACGAGCCUCAUGGACUUUUCAUGUUAGCCAGACGCUCAAAUGCAAUCUUUAGCUAGUGAAAACAAGGAUAAACAUUCCAUGUUCGUUAGUGAACGCAAAAA